AUGGAUAACAAAAAAUCUGCCAGGAAAAAUAGCACAUCGUCUGACGAUUCAACGAGCGAUUUUGUGGACGAUUUUGCAAGCGACAUCAGAAAUGCUGAACAAUCGACACCGGCAGCAUCAAAGCCAAGUACUAGUUCCGGUCCGAAACGUCAAAUUCGAAGAAAACGGCAACGAAUGUCCUUCCCGGACAAUGACGAGGAACUGUUUGACCAAAACUUUGAAGAAACUAUAAAAUCGGCUGCUGUUAACAAUAACCUCACUCCGAUGUGUGUCAAAAAGCUGUUGAAGAAAAUCGUCAUCAAUGAUCAUGUAUUUGCAAUGGUUCGACUGAAAGAAGAGGAAGAAGCGAAGAAAUUAAAACCGAAUGAAAACAACCAACAACUGAGCAAUGACGGGGAAGAAGAUGACGUUGAGAAGCAAGAACCAGAACCGAAAUUAACACGAUUAAAGGCGAAACAGCUAAAACAAACGCCGUUUCCGAUAGCGUCCUUAAACGAGCCCAUUCCAGACGAUGAAGUAGCGGCAUUAAUUCAUCAAGAGUUAGGUUCAGACGAUGACGAUGAAGAAUAUCAACCGGCAGAGGAUGAGACGGCAUCCGAUGAAGAUCCGAAUACGACGGUUUCGGACGUUGAAUCACAGCCCAGAACACCGAUUUCUACUACGGCGGUCAUUGAACAGGACCAUGAGUCCGAAGCGGUGCAGUAUACAAAGGAUGGGCUGUUCAAGAUACCAAAGCCACGCAACGAUAGCCAUUGUUCGCAAUCGGAACAGGAGCAAGAUCAGGAGAACAUUGCUUUACGAACAAGAUCAAAAUUGUGUCUCACGACGACUGCUAUCGAAACGAUUGAAUCUACCUUUAUACCACCUGAUAUUACGAACGACAUGUACGAAUAUGACGGGGAAAUGGAUCAAGCUUGGAAAGAUUUUCUGGAAGAGUUCACGAAACCGCUACCCAACACCUUAGAGGAUGACGACGACAAUGACCCGGAGUAUGUUGCGACCGAACGAAUACCAUUUGAUCCCGAGGAAAUGCGAGCAGUAAAUGUGUCCAAAAAGGAACUUAAUGAGCUGAUCAUGGAAUUGAUGGAAAUGGGUGGAACGGAUGAUACAAUGUUGGAACAAACAUUGACCGAAACUAUCAACGAAUCUCUAAACUGUCGCAUGGAUGAUCGAUCGGAAAUGUUAAGCACACCCGUCCCGACGCAGGAAAUCGACAGCAACAAUAGCAAUGCAGCGCCAAGUGCUGUGCCGGAAGCGGAAACGGUUUCGGUUCCAGACCAACAGUUUCCUUCCAUGCCUUCCUUGCCACCACCGCCACCAGCAGCAUCAAACCAAUCCAUUGACACAACACAAUCACAAGUAGUCAAUACACAAAAUGGGUAUAACUCCGCAAUGUUCACGCCCAUAUUCAUGCCAGCUCAGCCCAAUCAGAGUAUGACGACGGUAGCUUAUAAUUCAACGCCCGUUACGAACACAACACUCAACACGUCGCAGCCCAUGCUACCGACAUAUUCCGUUGAAGGGAACAAUAUGCAGGAACAAAUAUCGUUCAAUACGACAGUAGCUCAAGGUUCAUCAAAUUCUAGGUUUCUUGUUAAAAGCACCUAUCUGCAGCAAAUAACAUCUGACGUUGAUUCAUCGUACUUCAGCAACCAGAUCGAUUCAAAGUCACAGGUUAUCGAUAGGUUUGAAGCACGGUACCGCGCACAUUCUACAACCGUUCCGAUUGAAGUGAACCUGUCCGAAACGGAGCCGGGAAUGAAUGAUUAUCAAUUUCUACUGCUACAUCAACAACUGAGGAUGCAUGUACAGCUGACCGCGCAACAUUUUCUCCAAACGUAUGCUCACCCUGUAUUGAAAGAUAUGGCUUCAACGUUUAAAAAUAUGCUUACUGAGCUGGAGGAGAUGGGCAAGGCGAAACCGAACAUGGUUCCGUGGAACUUAUCUCCGGCUCUGGAAUGCUGUCGAAGUUGGGAGCAGGAACUGGCCGAGGGUAGGAGCAGUAGGAUGUUAUUAACUAAAUAUUGGACCGACGAAAUCGCUCGCGAAGAAGAAGGGCAACGUGUGUAUCAUAGUGAUUUUCAUUGGCUGGUCCGGGAAAAAAUUUUGAACAGCAAGGCAUUUUUGUAUCCAUCUCUGCUACCUUACAAGGCAUUCCGCAGCUGCUGGAAUAUGAACAAAUUCAUAACGAAUUACGCCGAAAAACAGUAUGAUUUUACACUACUGUAGUUUUACAUGUAUCAAAAGGUCUUAUAGUGUUUUUUUUUUCAUUGCAGAUUGAUAGCUAUGUGGAUCGAGCGAGGAUACAAGGAGCUAACUACAGAAAAGCACAAGCCGCGAAAGACUGAAGUUUGCGCGUACGUGGCUAAACAUUUCUACAUUCAACGUAGCCCUUCGUAUUUCAAAUGUUUAGUAUACAAACAGCAAACAAUACCUGGAAAUCCGAUACAGUUUGUAUUCAAACACGGCUAUGCACCACCAGUAGAGCAUGUGCUGGAAGUGUUUGAUCCUCCCGAAGGAAUUCUUCUGUCACAGUAUCAAAGAAACACGCUCCACUAUAAUUGGGAACUAUACAUAUUUUCUAAAAACAGGGCACGGUAUCGUAAUGCAUCGGAAAGAGGCUGCAAACAGCAGUCAAUUGAGCAAAACGAAGCCAACAAAACAUCUUUGUGCGAGACAAACGCGAAUGAAUCGAAUGUGCUACUGCAAGUAAGUGUGCUACUUCCUGUGGAGCCUGAGGAACAGAUUCAAAAGGACCGGCAAGAAAUCCGACAGAAUCAUUCAGUUAACAAUGGUAUUCCGGGUACGGGAGUGGUGGAAAUCCCUUACGGCAGUUUUUUAGUGAACCUGAAUGCAAAUGCAACCAAUAACACUAUUAGUCACAUUAAUGUAGAAAAUGCCGAAACAUACGACCGUGUGAGCUCUGUGCAAAAUCAAGAAAUAUCUACAUCUGUGAUAGAAGAAUGUAAAAGUGAUGGCAAACGGACUGACAACAUAAAAUCAUCAUUUGACAGUACUGGCAGCAAUACCAGCCCGGCUACUUUUCGUGAUAACGAUCGUACUUUUUCACCGCAUCGAGUGCUUAAUAGAAACGGUACUAAAAAGUGUGAAAAUUAUACCCGUUCCGCCGCGAUCGCUACGCUGUACUCGACCCUCAAAAGGUACCUGCAGGUGUUAAGCAACGAAAGUAAACGGGAACUGAUAGCGUCCCCGUACGGUCAGCCGAAGCAUCCGGUUUUCCGCGUUUACGCUCACUUUAAACAGUUGGAAGUGUACAGUCGAUUUCUGGGCGAAUUGCGAAAAAUGAGUGAAAAUGUAGCAAUCUUUCAGUACAGACAACUGCCACAAUGUUAUUUCCGGCAGGCGCAGCAGGGUUUACUACGGUUAACGUGCAACCAUCGCGCUGAUGGCAGUUUUAUCGUGAGUGCCGAAUGCAUUACCGAUCCGUUUGACGAUUACCAGAGCAUGGACGACAAGGAUGCGUUAUAUGCGUUCAAUUACUACGAGAAAGUGGAAGAAACGUUGCUCGCAUCCGAUCGGGCCGAUCUGCUGGAGCGCUUCGAACAGAUUCUGCGAAACUUUAACGAGAUCGAGGACCAGGUAUCGCUGCUGUAUUACCAGAUAGAAGAUUUGCUGGGCGAAAGUUUUCCGCAAUUGGUGGACAUGUUUCUGACCUUUCUGUUGCCGGGACAGGCGGCUCAAGUGGGGAAAUUUUUUGAACACUUUAUGCUCACCAAUAUGGGCGAUUUUCUCGAAAAGCUGAACGUGUUUUUCGCCAAGCAGCCGGCACAGAUUAAAAAAAUACACGCAUGUCUCAAUGAACUGUCGAAUGAACCGGAAGUUACCAUGGAGCAGGUGAAGCUGAGAGUUUUACCAUUGCUGAAGGGAAGUACGUUGCUAACAGAAUGGUUUCUACAGUUGUUUCCGGGCGAACGGCCACCCGAAUCACCCGUGAGCGAUUACGAGCACAUUGCGAUGAAAAAGCAUCCAAUCAAUGAUAGCUAUGAGGCGGGGUCAGUUUAUGAGCAUGUAUCGUUCACCGAAACGGUUCCAGAUGGGCUAGAAAAUCCUUGCGCAUCGAACGGGAUACGGUACAUACAGGGACGUAUCUUCCAAGGUGCUCUACCGGCCCGGUUGACAUUCCUUGCCAAUAGUUUUGUGACUAGGGAUAAUAAUCAAACCACGGAAGAAGAAGCGGUGACGAGUAAUGGUGACAACUUGUGUGAUGAUUCGACACUGAUGGCUCAUGCCAUUCGUCUAAACCCGUUGGUUCACUCCCCGAAAGGUAUCACGUAUGCCGAUGUAGCCCAUUUGCUGGUUGAGCGCAAUGGAGAAUCGGAAGUUGGAUCUUCGCCCGACGCUUCCAUCGUUAGUGGAAAUGUGGACGAUGACAGCAAAACAGGAACCACUUCCAAAAAGCUAACACCAAAGCUACCGUUAAAGAAACGCUUUAAUUCGCCCAUUUCUCGGAAGGCGAGUGAUGAAAAAUUAUCACCGGGAAGUGGCAACAAGGAGGGCGCUACUGUCACUAACACCACCACCACCACCACCACGACGACGACACCGAAAAAGAGUACAACUUCCCCCGUCCCGGUGACGGUUCCGCCAGACUCGAAGGCUUUGGCAUCGGCGAGGAGAUUGAAGAUUCUCCUGGAUUUACCACAAGCACCAUCAGGCUCGCAGGAAGAGCAACAGCCAGACGAUCCAUGUGCGGAUGAGCAGGAGUGUCAAGUAAAAGAAACGUUAGAAAUCAGUUCCGAACAACCAAUAACGACGACCGCGACUGAAGAAACUAAUUGUAGUGCAAAUGUUGUUGCUGUUGUUGUUACUGAAGUGCAGCCACAGAAACCAUCAGAAGAGUCGAAAGCCAACCACCAAACCGCCGCCGCGGAAACGCCAAGUUGGACGCGAGACGAGGAUAAAAUUAUUCUACAGGAGAUAGUGAAAGGCUUCACGUCGGUAGAUACGCUUGUUAGACAGAUUGAGGCAAAAAUCACUGAUCGAACGUGUGAACAGAUCAGAAGUAGGUUCGAAUUUUUACACCGAAUGUUACGGCAGGUCAAUCAAAAGUAA